GAGGAAGAGAAUAUAGUUGAUAUAGAUGAAGAAUUGAAAAUAAUUAUUAUAGCUAAUGGAGACCAUUAUUGGGAUGCAUCUCUUGAUUGUUCUUUAAUUGCAAUGUUACUUGAUCCACGUUGUAAGUCAAUGAAAAAAUUAGAUAGUUGGGAACGUGAUAAGGCUAUUGAUCUUUU